CAACUACUCCCAUGUGACCCACUGACCACCUGUACUAACAGCUCCGCAACGUUGCAUUGCCCACUCCACCGUGCCGCUUUCGCUAUUGUGGAGUGCCUGAUCCUGUCGGCAGGAAUGGACAUGGAUAUACCCCUCCAGCAACAACAACAACAGCAACAACAUCGUCAGCGACAUCACGUGCAGCAGCAGCAGCCUUGGCCGCAGCACCAAGCACAGGGUCAUCACGAGGUUUCAAAACAACCACUGCCGCAGAACCCGCAACAGCAACAACAACAGACGCUGGUGCGAGACGCGGACCAGCGACCGUCCCCGUUGCUCAGCGACUACGUGCCCCCGGCGGGCCUCGCCCUCGUGAAUGUGCCCGUGCUGCUCCAGCAGACCGCUUGCGCAAUCGUCCGCUGGGAAGAGCUGCAGAAGAACCUGGACGUGAGGUCGGACUCUGCCUCCGCCAAUCUCGCGGCGCAGGCGCACGUGAGGUCCUCCCUCAAGCGGGACCUAACGAACCUGAUCCAACUGGCCGACGCCCAGACCAAGCAUACGCAGAAGAUGAAGUUCCGGCAGAUGCAGGCCAUGCAACAGCAAGCGACGGAGCCGGCAGCGGCGGUGGCGGCGGCGGCGGCGGCGGCGCAGGGAGUCCAGCCGUUGCCCGGAGGGAGAAAUCCGGCGAGGGGCGGGACGGGGGCGGGGUUGGACUCCGCGCGCGCUGGCGUGGCGACUGGCGAAGCUUACGACGAGUUCCCGCCGAAGAGGAAGCAGGUGGUCGUUCAGCAGCCACAACGGGUGCCGCCCGCGGGGGGCGCGCUUCGCGCCGCAGCCGAAGGAGGAGCGGCAAACGCUUCCUCCUACGCCGCCUCCAACAGCGGGCCGACAGGCGCGAUGCUGAUGCAGCAGGGUGCUGGCGGUGGGAGCGGUGUUGGCGGCGCGCAGGGGCCGGGGCCGGGGCCGGGGCCGGGGGCGCCGCCAAGCAAUCGCCACGAAGGCAUCAGGCAGCGCAUCGAUCGUACGGAGCCGGCGAACAAGUGGGUUGUACUGGUCGACGCGUCGCUCCGGCUGCCGCCCGGCGACGGCACCACGUUCGAGCACUUCACCUGUAUGAUUCAGAACUUCCUCAACAACUAUAACGGAGACGUUGGUGCCGAAGUCGCUAGAGCUCUCGGGAGCUGUCUCGAUCCUCGCGUGUUUGAUCCCACGGACAUCAAGCGGGCGCAAGAGAGGAUGGCGGAUAUAUGCUCGAGGUUCCAGCAUGGUAGUCAGCAGUGACGCGGCCUGGCGUCAGCCGAGGAGAGCGUGCUUUCAUCCAGCAAAGCAGGAAAGCAGGCAUCAUGCACUACGCUGGUGGUUGGGCGCAUGGUUGUGUCGACCUCUAACUGAUUGGUUGAGAGUUUUGGAUGUGGGGCUUCAGCAAGAUUGGCCGUAUGCCCAGGCACAAUCGUUGUCAUAGGCAGUCGUUGUGAGGGCUGUUGGCCAUAUUCACUCGCUCGCCCCAGUUCUUGUUUCAUUGUUGUCCUCUGUCAUUGAUAUGGCAUUGAUCCGUGAAAAAUAUCUCCUUGGUCGGCGGAGCACGGACUAUUUGACACAUGGUGACACAAAACAAGGCGCGUCAUCAAGCCAUUUGUGGUAGCGUUAUCAAGGCGUGAUGAAAAAUGCAACUAAGGCGUGUGUCGGUAUGAAUCAACUACCAGCUGCCAUCAGUGACGCUUCUGAAGUUCGAACAGCUCACUCACGCAGCUGGCGUUUUUUGGCUCGAAGAGCCCAGCGACCCUCAACGAACCAAAAAUAAAGUUGUAC